AACUUAUAGGGAACAUAAAACGAUGAAUUCAUUUCCGAAUGGGGAGAAAUGGAUGUGUUUGAACAGAACCAAAGCGAGUCUUCAAUUAUUAGUCAUUGCGUUAUUCAUAACAUCUUAUCAAGCCGAAGAUUCGUCGAACACGAUAUAUCAAUUUCGAGUUCGUGAUAUCAAUGGAGCAGAAGUGUCGUUGGAUCGGUAUAGGGACAAGGUGGUUCUAAUAGUAAAUGUGGCAUCUCAGUGUGGUCUUACCCAUUCAAAUUAUGCCCAGCUCAAGGAUUUGCACGAUAAGUACAAGGAACAAGGUUUGGCAAUAGCUGCCUUCCCUUGUAAUCAGUUCGCUUCGCAAGAACCUGGAAAUGAAAAUGAAAUUAAACGUUUUGUGAAGGAAACGUUCAAUUUUGAACCUGACUUAUAUGCUAAGAUCGAUGUCAAUGGAGCAAAUGAACAUCCAUUGUAUACAUUUUUGAAAAAUCAAAAAGGCGGCACUUUGACAGACGCUAUUAAAUGGAACUUUACUAAAUUUCUUGUCAGUAGACGUGGCAAAGUGGUAGAACGGUAUGCUCCCACGGUGCAGCCUAAGGACAUCGAAAAAGAUAUUGUGAAAUUGUUGAACGAAUAUGUUGAAUUAUGAUUCAGUCAGAGAACCUAUUAGGCUUUCUUAUACUAUAUUCGCGGUAAGCGCUAACCUUACCUAAGAAUCAGAUUUGCGAUAGUUUUUCUAUUCUGCUGUCGUCAGUUGAUUAUAAUAAUGUUCCCACAUUGUCACAUCCUUGUUUUAUCGAUGCUGUUGAAAUGUUAGUUUAAGUAUUCUGUACAUUUUAUGCUUUACCGGUAACAUUUCUUUUGCAUUUUUCCACUUUUUAAUUAAAAUUGUCAGAAAUAGAUCUUUUACUUUGUAUGUUUGAGUAAUGAUAAAAUGGUGCUACAAUUCUACACUGUUGUUCUCAGAGAUUCAGUAGUU